AUGCCCAAACGUCCGUGGCUGGUAGAAAGCGAUAAGCCAUCAUACCAAGUCUUGAAAUGGAUAGGAGGCGGCGGCUUCGGCCAGGUCUUCAAAGUGCUCCGAGGCGGGCAGACUGUCGCAUGCAAACAAGUACAUACAGACAAUGCUGAGGCUGCUCUUGACGAGUAUGACCAUAUGAGGUCGCUUAGAGGAGCACCACAUAUUGCUACAUUGCAUGACGGACUCGAGUUCAAUAGAAAGACUAAUAGUCUUUCCUUUUUCAUGGAUUACUACAAAGGGAAGGACUUAGAUAGACAGGUGCAAAUGCUACGUGGCGCGGCCGAGCGUUUUACGGAAAGUCAAAUCAUCGAAAUCGGCUAUCAGGUUGCCGUAGCUCUUGAAUUCUGUCACAGCAGGAACAUCCUGCAUCAGGAUAUGAAACCAAUGAAUGUCUUGCUAUACGAAUCUUGGAAUCCUGUGACUCAACGAGAUGUCCCCGAUCUAUACGUCGCAGACUUUGGCAUCGCAAGCCAUGUCCAGACGAUCGGUACUCGACUUACAGGACAACGAGGAACACCAGGUUAUGAGGCACCAGAAAUACGAGGACAAGGCUACCAAGCCGCGUUCUCACAAAAGUCUGACGUGUACGCCUUUGGCUGCAUUCUUUACAGGCUAUGCACGUUGGGAGAUCCGGUGAUCUUGGAUGAUAUCAAGCCUUCUGAUAUCCCAGCAGAAUACUCAAUGGAUGUUUUGAGUCUCAUAAGCUCCAUGCUUAGCUCCGACCGCGACGAACGGCCGACGGCAGUACAAGUCAAGGAAGUACUUGCAGCACUCGCCCUAAAACUGUUUUCAUCCACGAGCGCAACAUGUCGCUCGUGUCACCGAGAGUUCAUUUCGAACAAAGCAUUGCAUAAGCAUUUGAAGAAGACUGGUCAUGGCCGCAAGGAUGCCCUGCCCGCUCCCACCAUAGAUGCAGCUAAACUUCCGAUCCAGACUGGGGACGGAUUGACAAUUCGAGGCGUAGCUAGCGCUCCCACUCAGUACCACUUCGAUCACGAUUGCGAAGAUGACCAGGACGAGGUCAGCGAUCCAUCUCCCUGUAUUGUUUGUAUGCGGCACUUCAAGACGAAGCAGAAAUUCUUCAAGCAUUUACACGGAGUUCAGCACUACCGGAGCCCGAACUACGUCUCAAAGCGCCGUGCAAAUGAUGAGCUUGACGUCGAUGCUGAGAAAGCCGACAAGCGCCUUAAGAAUUGGGUCGUGAAAGACAUGGAUAGGCACGAAUAG